GUGAAAGACACAGUUACGACACAGACCGAGUCUGCUGAAGAUACCGCUCUUUGUACAGACUAUUUUCCUCUGACAGAAGAAAAUCUCAAAAGGAAGAAGGAAGAAAGAAGACGAAACGAAAAGAAAGAGAGAAAAGAAGAAGAAGAAGAAAAGUGGCCGGUUAGCCCAGCGAGUGCCAUGGCGUUUCUCAGAAGAGUGAGUCUAACCUCCAGGUUCCGGCGAAACCUUGAGUCGACGCUGCUGUGGCUUCUGCUCCUCUACGCGGUCGUCACAUUUGUAGGACAGGAGAGUAAUGUAGUGAAUCGACAGGUGCGGAUAGGAAGACAUAAUCUCAUAAUGCAUGGAUAUUCUAAUGGUAAGCAUGAGAAUAUCGGUCUCAACUCCAGUGUGACUCUUGGUCUAGAUAAUCUUAGCCUCCAAAGGGGACCGUCGAAGGCAACCACGGCUUUCCAUCCAACCAGCCUUGAUCUCAAGAUAUUUCCUACAAACUCUAGUAUGAACUCAAACUUCUUCAGCCUUGACCUUGAUAUCGAUUGGUCUAAACAACAUGACGCCGUCCACGAUCUCCAAGAGGCCGUGCCCAACUUGCCAUCUCGUUAUUGGCUCAAGAAAGACAAGGGUAUGGGCAUGAACAAAACCUGUGCCAAGUAUCCGUCUCUGUACCAGAUCCGCUUCAACAACGGCCAGUGGCAGACGUUCGACACUUCCAACGGCACCUUCUACCUGUUCAGCGCUUAUCAUGACAACAGGACCUUGGCAAAGCGGCCAGCUGUGCGCGUCCUGGGGAUGCUGAACCGCUUCGAUCCCAAACUCAAUACUUCCUGCCAACUUUGGUUUAACGGAACAAGCAAACCAGUAUUCGCACAGGUGUCUGAGUACAAAUAUAUCUGGAAUAGGGCGUUUGCCAAAUACAAAAACGGCGUGCUACAACCAUAUCUAUUAUCGUGCCAAGUGCCAUCUGCCUAUGUACAUCAGGUGCCAGAGUCUGUAUCCCUCGUAGAGCGGCCGUGCGACACAGCCACAACAAACCUCAGAGUUGUUAAAAAUCACCCACCAGAAGGUCAAAUGAAAGACUUUGCUGUGUGCGUUAAAGGCCUCGACCUACCGAGUGCAAAUUACACUGUCCGGCUGAUAGAGUGGUUGGAAAUGCUUUCUCUGUUAGGGGCCAAUAAAGUAUUCAUCUAUACCUUUGAUGUCCACAUUAAUAUUAGUAAAGUUCUUACCUACUACCAGAAGAGGGGCUUUUUGGACCUGACAAAACUCACCCUGCCCGGAGACCAGCCGAACAUCCCUGAACUCACACACAAGUACCUUAAGGAGAAGGGCGGCAAUAAACGGCUCAAUGAACUCAUCCCUUACAACGACUGCCUCUACAAGAACAUCUACAGCUACAAGUACGUGGUUCUCUUAGACAUAGACGAGAUUAUCCUUCCUAGAAACUUACCGUCUUGGAAAGCACUGAUGAAAGCCCUGGUCAAAGACGCUUUCAAGGCCAACAAGAAACCGCGAACCUCCUUCGCUGCGCGCAAUGUGUACUUCCUGGACUCCAUGCAAGAGAGACACGGCUUUUACAAGGAUAUCCCCCGAUACAUGCACAUGCUGCAGCACGUGUACCGAGCCAGGAACUACACCAAACCAGGUGCUUAUGCAAAGUGCUUCCACGACACCCAGAGUGUCUUCACACUCCACAAUCACUUUCCCUUCUCGUGCUUAGGAAAGGGGUGUUAUUCUUACUAUAUCCCCACAAAAGACGCGCAUCUGCAACACUAUCGCCUAGACUGUCCUCCAGAACUUAGAAAGACCUGUGGCGAAAAUUACAGAGAUAAUCCCGUUCUUGACAAAAACAUCUGGAGGUAUAAAGACACACUAAUGCAUCGUGUGUUCACUGUUUUCAAUCAACUUGGAUUCUUUAAAUCCAAGAAGCGGGGUAUUGCAUUUACAUAAAAUCUUUUUAGCACCUCUAAUUCUAAUAUGACGAAAACAAGAAAUAGAUACUUUAUAUAAGAAUAUGUCAUCUUGUAGUUUGAAAGAAUUUUUAACAACGAAGUCUAUAAUUAGGGCUGCGUUGGCCCCUAAGUCCAGCUUAUUAUAUCUGCUUUACAUAGUUUAGCAUUCAGGUUUAAUUUCUACUGAGUAUAUUUCUUGCUUUCUUUUUUCUUAUAAUUUCAUAUUUGCAAGCUGCCCUGCUGAUAUAUAUGCAAAUUCUAACCAUGACCGGCGAGCAGCUAGCUAGCACAGGGCCGACAAGGAUCGGGAUGUUUCUCGCUCCGGGGAAGGGAGUCGGACAGGAUUCUCCUUUCGAUAAAUAACUGCAGUCGAAGAGAAGUAGCAAGACUUGACAAUUAGGCGCAGACACUCCGUGGGAAGUUUUAACCAAAAUAAGGCUCUAAAGGUGAAAAUAGUAUAUAACAUAAGUAACAACCAAACAGCUGGUUCGGAUAUUUCUAGUAGGUGAAUCGCAUGCACUGGGGAAUUCCUUCACCUGGUUUUAUUGUGGAGUGUAAACCGUACCUGAGUAUUGCCCAUCGCGACAUCAGAUUUGAUGUAUUGGAAAUGAAAUAUCUUUUGAAAUAAAGUUUAAUCACA